UCCACAGCCAUGUCCUGCUAUGACCUGUGUCCACCCACCACCUGUGGACCAACCCCACUUGCCAACAGCUGCAACGAGCCCUGUGUCAGGCAGUGCCAGGACUCCACCGUGGUCAUCCAACCCUCUCCUGUGGUGGUCACCCUGCCUGGACCCAUCCUCAGCUCCUUCCCUCAGAACACCGCUGUGGGAUCCUCAGCAUCUGCAGCUGUCGGGAGCGCGCUCAGUGCUGGUGGGGUCCCGAUCUCCUCUGGCAGCUCCUUGGGAUUUGGGAGCUUUGGUUACCCAGGCUUGGGCAGGGGGGACCGCCGAGCCCUUCGUCGCUACAACAACUACCGCAGCGGCUUCUAUGGGCCAUACUAA